AUAGGUAAAGAAAAAAAAUGCAAAAAGAAUACAAGGAAGUAGAAACCUUUUUAGAAAAAAUAAAUCAGACCUUAAAAGGCCAGGCCCAAGCCGAAGCGGUGCACUGCAAUCCCCUGUCUGUUGCAACGGGCGGCAAAUAGAGGGUCCGGCCCAGGCAUCUUGCAUCAAGUACCGAUUCUCGUAUUCACAGCCCAUUUAACCCAUUUUAGCCGAUCUGCUUUAUACAGAACUCCCGAUUUGAUGCGACGCUUAUUCUCAAAAAAACGAAACAACCAUGAGGCAUCCGAUCCAUGCACGCCCGCUCGCAGGCACGCAAAGCACAGCAACAAGAACGGAAACUGAAAAUGGGAGAAACGAACGGAGACGAGGAGGACCUGAACCGCUCGUCCCACCAACGCGCGCGCGCGCGAGGAGAUUGCGCAAACCGGGCGAGCUAGCUCCCUGGGCCCUGGCUCCCACGCCACCCCGACUUCUUCUCUCCCGUCAAAAUCUUCUCAGGCUUUUCCGGACGUUCCUCCCCAACGAAUCCGAUCCCUUCGGCCCGCCUCCGGUCCGGAGAGAAAGCCGACGGCGACGGCGCCGGCCACGAGGAUCAGUACGGGGUGGUGAGGAUAUAAUACUACGGCGCCCGGAGACGGCGCGGACAAUGAAGGUUGCCGCCGGGGCUAGCCCCGGCGGCGGCAAGGAGACCCCGGCCGCCUCCUGCCUCCGUUUCGUCCUCAUAUUGCUCCUCCCUCUCACCGUCCUGUACAUCCUCUACACCCUCCACGCCAUUCUUUCCUUCACACCGUCCUGCCCGCCUCAACAUGGCCGCAUUACCACCACCACCUCCGUCUCCCACAUCAUCGCCGACAACCGUACAUUGUCCACGCCGCCGCCGCCCGCCACGGUCACAGUUUUGACCGCGAGGACGCCUCUGCCGCCGCCCGCCACGGUCACAGUUUUGACCGCGAGGACGUCUCUUCCGCCGCCUGCCAUGGUCACAGUUUUGACUGCAAGGACGGUUCUUCCGCCGCCCGCAAUGGCCACGGUUUUGACGCCGCCGCCGCCCGCCCCUGUCACGGUUUCGAAGCCGAUGACGCCGCCGCCGCCACCCGCCACGGUCACGGUCACAGCGGCGGCGACGACGACGCUGCACCACGUGGUGUUCGGCAUCGCGGCGUCGGCGCGCCUGUGGGAGAAGCGGAAGGAAUACAUCAAGAUCUGGUGGCGGCCUAACGCGGGCAUGCGCGGGUUCGUGUGGCUGGACCGCGCCGUGCGCGGCUCGAGCGUCCCCGAGGGGCUUCCGGGCAUCAAGAUCUCCUCGGACACCUCCCGCUUCCCCUACACGCACCGGCGCGGCCACCGGUCCGCCAUCCGCAUCUCCCGCAUCGUCUCCGAGACCUUACGCCUCGGGCUCCCGGGGGCGCGCUGGUACGUCAUGGGCGACGACGACACGGUCUUCCUCCCGGAAAACCUCCUGGGCGUCCUGGCCAGGCUCGACCACCGGCAGCCCUACUACGUCGGCUGCCCCUCCGAGAGCCACCUGCAGAACAUCUUCUUCUCGUACGGGAUGGCCUUCGGCGGCGGCGGCUUCGCCAUCAGCAGGCCGCUGGCGGCGAGGCUGGAGCGGAUGCAGGACGCGUGCAUCCGCCGGUACCCGUCGCUGUACGGCAGCGACGACCGGGUCCAGGCGUGCAUGGCGGAGCUGGGCGUGCCGCUCACCAGGCACCCGGGGUUCCACCAGUACGACGUCUACGGGGACCUCCUGGGCCUCCUGGCGGCGCACCCGGUGGCGCCGCUCGUGUCGCUGCACCACCUCGACGUGGUCCGCCCGCUGUUCCCCAACGCGCGCUCCAGGGCCGCGGCGCUGCGGAGGCUGUUCGAUGGCCCCGUGGCGCUGGACUCGGCCGGGGUGAUGCAGCAGUCGAUUUGCUACGACGUGGCCAACCGGUGGACGGUGUCCGUGGCGUGGGGGUUCGUGGCCAUGGUGUCCAGGGGCGCCACGCCGGCGAGGGAGAUGGAGAUGCCCGCGCGGACGUUCCUCAACUGGUACAAGCGCGCCGACUACAAGGCGCACGCUUUCAACACCAGGCCGCUGGCGAGGAACCACUGCGAGAGGCCCGCGCUCUACUACCUGGCCUCGGCGCGCCGCACGGUGGUGCGCACCGGGGAGACCACCGUCACGAAGUACCGCCGGUGGCGGCACCGCAACGACAUCCGCCCGCCGUGCCGGUGGAAGAUCCCCGACCCGGACGCGCUGCUCGAUACCGUCAUCGUGCUUAAGAAGCCUGACCCCGGGUUAUGGGACCGGUCUCCGAUGCGGAAUUGUUGCAGGGUGCUGUCCUCUCCCAGGACAGGAGAGAACGGAAACAAGACGAUGACAAUAGACGUUGGUGUAUGCAAUGACUGGGAAUUCAGCCAAAUGUAGUUCACUGAAUUGAACAGACCGAAGUGUACAGGGAUUUUUUUUUCUUGCCUUUUUCUCCAGCUGUAUUCCUAUCUAACUGUAAGAUACAAAAUUGAAGGGCCAGCAGGUGGAGCUGCUGCUUCAUUAA